UCUCCCCCCCCUUUCCCCUCAGCCUGAAGGGAGAGCGACCGCCGUGAGGCGAGACAGUUACGCUCGUCAGUCCGGCCUCUUUUUUUUCUUUUUCUCUCCCUCAGCUUCGGCUUCUUCGCGGGGCGCGGACCCGUUCUCCGCCGGCCAUGGCGAUGGACACCAGCGGCAAGGAGAAGGAGGCGCUGCAGCUGCUCGCCGAGGCGGACAAGAAAGUCCGCGGCUCCCACGGCUUCUUCUCGGGGCUCUUCGGAGGUGGCUCCUCCAGGAUUGAAGAAGCAUGUGAUAUCUAUGCCAGAGCAGCUAAUAUGUUCAAAAUGGCCAAGAACUGGAGUGCUGCUGGGAACGCAUUCUGUCAGGCUGCUCAGCUCCAUCUCCAGCUGCAGAACAAGCAUGACGCAGCGAUGAGCUUUGUGGACGCCGGUAAUGCUUUCAAAAAGGCUGAUCCUCAAGAGGCCAUUAACUGUCUCCUCAGAGCUAUUGAGAUCUACACAGACAUGGGACGUUUCACCAUUGCAGCCAAGCACCAUAUAACCAUAGCGGAGAUCUACGAGUCUGAGCUGGUGGACAUUGAAAAGGCAAUAGCUCAUUACGAACAAGCUGCAGAUUACUAUAAAGGUGAAGAAUCAAACAGCUCUGCCAACAAAUGUUUGCUGAAAGUGGCCACCUAUGCAGCUCAGUUGGAGCAGUACCAGAAAGCUAUUGAAAUCUAUGAGCAGGUCGGGACCAGUGCCAUGGACAGUCCCUUGCUGAAAUACAGCGCAAAGGAAUACUUCUUCAAAGCAGCCCUCUGCCAUUUCUGCAUUGACAUGCUCAACGCCAAGCUGGCUGUACAGAAGUAUGAAGAAAUGUUCCCGGCUUUUACGGAUUCCAGAGAAUGCAAACUGGUUAAAAAAUUGCUGGAUGCUCAUGAGGAACAGAAUAUUGACAGUUACACUGAAUCAGUGAAGGAAUACGACUCAAUCUCUCGCCUGGACCAAUGGCUGACUACCAUGCUUCUGCGCAUCAAGAAAACCAUACAGGGUGAAGAGGAAGAUCUGCGUUAAAAAAAAAACCCCAAACCCCUCUUGCCCUCCAUCCUCUGGCCUCUUAUUUGCAGAACUCUGCCUGGAUCAGCUCCUGAGGAGGGGGCGGGGAAAGAGAGGGUCCUUGGCACAAAGGAAUUAGACUCAAGUGGCAAAUUCUUCAUUUUCGCUUCCUUUCUCAUCCCGCCUCUUUGCGCUGCGGCAGUGAACAGGGCUGGGAUGCGUCACCCGCGGACUGCUCCGGGAGAGAUUGGAAGUUCUCCAAGCCUUGCUUCGCUUCCUGAGUCAGCAUCUACAUCCUCCUCCCCAUGGCUUCGUUGAUGGUUUAAUAUUUAAAGCAUCUUUAGUACGUUCGGUUUUUGUUGGUGGUGCCAUUCUCCUUUCCUUCUCCCCCCAAAAUCUCAACGGAAACCGAUAUGGAAAAUGGCUGCUUCUUUACCGUGGAAAGAAGACCUUGUGAUAUUUGUGGCUUCAUCUCAUCUCAUCCCCUCCCCCUUUUUGACCAUAGCACUUCCAAUUCCCUUUUCCAACAGGCAUUGCAAGGCUAGGGAGCCCCUUGAAUUUCAGUCAACCCUUCUUCCAAAAAUAAUAUUUUAAAGGUGGACAGAAUGGCACCGAUCUCUAAAUGAAGGAGCUGGGCUUACUAAGCGUCUCUCACCUGCCUUGUUUCAAAUAAUGCAGGAAACCCUAGACCCUCCCUUCAGAAAUGCUAACUGUCAUCAUUGAGCUGUAUGAAAUAAUUCUGCUUUGUUCCAUGUUUCUUUCUUGCACCCUGAAUGACCUUGAAUUUAUGUGUAUUAACCCACUUUUAUCCCUUCAGAGCAGGAGCGUCCAACCUUGGCGACUUUUAAGACUUACGGACUUUCAAUUCCCAGAAUUCCCCAGCCAACCGGAAAUCCACAGGUCUUAAAAGUUGCCCAGAUUGGACACCCCAGCUUUAGAGAUUGGUGCAGAAGUAUGGCGUUGCCUAUCCCUGUCAAGAGUGAUAUAGGAUAUCCAGUCUCCUGGUUCCUCCUUGGGGCAAGAGGCAGAUCAAUCUUGAACUAUGCAGCAGGUAGCCAAAAAAAAACAAAAAACCACCCCACCCCUAAUUUAAAAUUUAGACGCUCAGUGUCCCAGCUGUCUCGAUCUCUCGCCUCGCAUGGUUCUCCCUCCUGGCUUAGUUUGAAAAGAGCAUUUCUCCAGCCAAGUGUUCCCGAUACAUCGUCAUGAAAGCCGCUGUAUUUUUUCCCUCCCCUUGUCUUUGCUUUAAGAGAGAGAGCAUUUUAUCAUGUAAUCUAGCACCUUCAUGAAGGUUCCUCAUAUUUAAUGUUUCCUUACUCGGUUGUUGGAAGGUGGACUUCAAUUCUGUCGCAUGUUCCAAAAAACGUCUACCGGGAAAACAACUAAUAGUGAAAUAACUUGCACACAACAAACAAUAAAAAGAAAAAAAAACCAAACCAAACCGACUUUGCAUGUGGAAACAUCGUUAGCAUCAAGUGUGAUGAUAGCCUCCUCCUCCUCCUCCCCCCUAAUUUUAACAUUUCUGUGCUUCUAUCAAAGUCUGGCUUGUUUUCAGGUCCAUCUCACCUCCUUGUCCUUCCCUGCUGCCUCGCCUUCUGGAUUCCACUUCUGAUUCCCUUUCAGUUCUUCUAUGAGUCUACCUGUCUAAAAAUACACUCGCAUGCUUGAA